CGUAUCACAUAACGUUCGGACUAAUUCAUUCGAUAUUUGCGAUGUGCCCGCGACGCAACGCGCGCGGGCUUAUUACUAUUACUAGUUACUAGUAUAUCUUAAAGUACAAAGUCGGUGGCCUUUGCCACCGACCAAAACACCUCGCCCUUUUCCUUCUCAGCUUUCACGUAUCCUGCAACGGUGUGUCCCCUUCUGCUAUUAUCUCCAAGUGCUACUUUCACCUUUUUUCUCAGAUGAGAGCAAUCGGAAGUCCUCAGUGCAAAAUUCAGAAGAUCAGAACACAUAAGAAAUCAAGAAAUCAUCAAAUUCCGGUAAUGCUAUAACGAAUUGCAGCAAUGGGUUUCACGAUUUUAGCUCUACGAUUUCAAAUCGUUUAGAGGGCUUUGAAGUUGCAGGCUACCAGGACCUUUAUUUUGCUGUUCAGGUGAGUUUCCCUUAGCACAUUCCUUUUAAUUCACAGUCUAGGGUUUCUUAACUGAGUUUAGGUUUCAUGUGUGCUGCUCUUAUGUCAAACUGAAUUAACUUGAUUCAUGUAUGGUUGGUUUUGUUAUUUGCCGAAGACAACGGCUUUAUGAAAUUUUGUUGGGAUGUCUCGACAUUUAUAAAUGUCUGUAAACUAAAUUUGCUUUUUUGCAAAUUUUGGUGAAUGAAAGGGACAUUAUCUAACUAUCUAAGUGUGUAUCCCUGCUAGACUUCCGGACGAAUAUAUCCCUUAGUUAACCACUUGCUUCUUUACUCAAUUAAGUGUUGUUGUUUAAAGUGUUGUGUCGCGUUUUUACCCACUAAUCGAAUCGAAUAAGAAAUGUAGAAUAAUGUGUUUUGGUUAGUUUUCAAAACAGGACCAGAGUAAAUGAAAGUAAACUUUACCAUGUGUAUGAUAAAUAAAAUAAAAGACGUUUUAUCGGAAAUUUGUAUAGUUGAAUAGUGAUAUCCCAUGUAAAUUCAAUGAGUUUGUGCCGUAAAAUUAAUACUUUGGAUAGCGAAAAUCAAAUGGUGUCAUGAAAGUAAAUAUGCAUUUAAUUUGAAAAUAAUCCCUACCCAGUUUUAAUACUUUUCGAAUAUGCCUUUGAACACUUCUAUACACGUCAAACAUGGUGUCAAAGUGAAAGGGCGGUAGAUCGUGUAUGGCGUCAUACCCGAGAGAUCGGAGAAGGCGUUGGUGGUUGAACUUGGUGUUGACAAAGGUCAUAAAGAGGCCUUUGGAAUUGAGGUUUUUAGGAAGUUUUAACGUUCGGUUAACGUGACCUUGCGUUAGUUCUGGAUUUACAUAAAAAAACGAUAUCAAUAUAGUAACACCAAAAAGUUAAAAAAAUCUCAAAUGCCUCAGCCUUUUUUCCUUAAACCAAAAUCACAUCUUCAUUUGAAACCAUGUACCAGGCUAAAGAGACUAAUGUGUCUGAAUGUGUGUUAGUGAGUGUGAGACAGUGAGAGCAACUCCACCCCAAUCCCUCUCAUCCUUCUCAUUUCCGUAACCGACGCCGGCGAAGGCCUGGUCUUUCGGCUAGCCUGUCCUCCUCUCUAGCUUCAUGUUGUGAGACUGUGUUUCCAGCAGCAUCGUGUUGACGAAAGGGGCUGCAUCCGACUGAGUUACGGAAAUUCUUUGAAUGUAUACAGAAUAGGAAGCGUGUACAUACGUGUUCUGCAAGGAAAUGAUAAUAUGCACAUUCGUUGGGCCACAUUAGGCAAUAUCAGAUUGGAUAAAAUUGCUUUAAAGCAACUGGGCCAAGGUACUAGAUGUGCCGCUAUCAGAUAAAACAAAACGUAUACCACAUUCUAGAGGUGCACAAAAUAGCCAUUUACCUAACUGUUAGUGCGCCAGAGCUGAGAGAUCGGAGAAGGCGUUGGUGGUUGAACUCGGUGUUCACAAAGAUGAUAAAGAGGUCUUUGGAAUUGAAGAUUUUAGCAAGUUUUAACAUUCGAUUAAUGUGACCUUGGUGCUGGUAUUACAUAAAAAAUCAAUAUCAAUAUAAUAACACCAAAAACUUAAAAAAAAAAAAAUCUCAAAUGCCUCAGCCCUUUUUGUUUUACCCAAAAUCACAUCUUCAUUUGAAACCAUGUACCAAGGUAAAGAUACUAAUGUGUGUUAGUGUGUGUGAGACAGUGAGAGCAACUCUUCCCCAAUCCCUCUCAUCCUUCUUAUUUCCGUAACCGAUUCCGGCGAAGGAAGGGUCCGUUCGUCCGUCCUUCGUCUAGCCUCUCUUCCCCUCUAGCCUCAUGUUGUGAGAUUGCGUUUCCAGUAGCAUUCUCUUGCUGACAGAGGCUGCAUCCGACUGUGAUACUGAAUUUCUUUUACCGUAUACAGAAUAAGAAGCGUUUACAUGCGUGUUAUGCAAGGAAAUGAUAAUAUGCGCAUUCGUUGUGCCACAUUAAGCAAUAUCACGUUGGAUAAAUCUGCUCUUAGGCAAUUGGGCCAAGGUACUAGCUAUGCCGCUAAAUGUAUAACACAUUAUAGAGGUGCACAAAAUAGCCGUUUACCUAACCGUUAGGGCGUCAGAGCCGAGAGAUCGGGGAAAGCGUUGGUGGUUGGCCAGGUUACUAGCUGUGCUGCUAUCAGAUAAAAGAAGAUGUAUAACACAUUCUAGAGGUGCACAAAAAAGUAAACCGUAACUGGUUAUUAACAAAAAUUGUAACCGGUUAAUAACCGGUUCGAUUUGUCUGCGUUGCGGCUGUAUACGAGUUGGCGAUGAUGGAAUUAUUUGACCUGGACCCAACGUAGGUCCAACAUGCUAACAAAAUAGAAUAAAAACUACUUUUAGACAGUUUUUGUAGCAGUUUUGAAACGUCAAUAAAGAUUUUUAAACAAGGCUAAUAAUGAAAAAAAUUGGCACCAGCUUUUUCUUAUUCACAAUACACAAUUUAGAGCAAUAAAGAGAGGGGCAACAGGAUGAAACGUGACUAUUUAAUAUCACACUCACACACUUUGCAUAGAUAACAAAUACAGCUUUUCUUUAAAAAAAUAUAGUCUUAUAUAUUUCUCUAAUAAUAAUAAUAAUAAUAAUAAUAAUCUGCAUGUUUUCUCUUUGGCUUAUACGAACACGCGACACCAUUUUAUUUUGUACGUUUUAUCAUCCUUGAUUAGUACUGUUACAAACCGAAUCAAUACUCACCGGACAAUAUCAAUGUUCUUAGAACCGGUAUUGAUAUUCAUUUUUUUCACUUUCGAUCGCUGUACAACAUAAACAAAUAAAAUUUGUGAUUGUACGAUAUAAAUUCGAUUUACGUUACGUUUUGAUCCAAUCGCAAUGCAACUAUAGGAUACAUUGAGUUCAAUCGGAUACGUCAGAACGCGCGUUUUCAUAUGGUUAAGACAUCACAUAACGCUUGGAUUAAUCCGUUCGAUAUUUACGAAGUACCCGCGCCGCAACGCGCGCAUGUCUUAUUACUAGUACAAUCUUAAAGGAGAAAGUCGGUGGGUUUCCCACCGGCUUUCCUCCUUGUCCCCUAUUCUUUUUAAUAUUGUAUUUUAGCCUCUUGACUUUGUAAUUUUUAAAGUUUCAUAAAAUAGCAAAUUUACUCCCUAAAACUUCUACUUUGAAUUUUCAAAACUACAACCUCAUCUUUCAAACUUGCCAGCACAACCCUUUACUUUGAUUUUCCACCAUCACCCCUUUAGCUCUUACAUAGUUACAUACCAACCCUCUUCUUUUACAUUUCCACCAACACCCCCUCAUCUUUUACACAUUUUCACCACCACCCAUAUACUUUUACACUUUGUCAUUUUAGAAUUUGUUUUUUUAGCCCAUGUACUAUUACUCCAUUGUUACACCCGUCCAACUUUUAAAAAAAAAUUACAAUUGUAACCCCUAGACUACAACUCAUACUUUUGCAAAUGCCAAUGCAUUGUGUUUUAUGAAAAUGUCUUAGACAUUGUAUUUUACAUUUUGUGUCUACCUUGUGUUUUACACUUUUUUGUAAUUCUCUUUUACGCCCUAUGUUUUACGAAUCGUGUUUUGUCUUUCUAUAUGUUUCCACCCGUCAAAAGACAAAGUCAGUGGAAACCUCACCGGCUUUGCCUCCCCAUCCCCCAUACUUUCACGAUGUUGCAAUUUUAGCCCCUUUACUUUGGUAACUUCAAAGUUUCAUAAAAUAGCAAAUUUAGUCCCUAAACUCCUACUCUAUUUUACAAGUAGUUUGCUUUUGACACCCCAACUUUGUGGUAGUUUCCUUUUCAGCUCCAACUUUGUUAUAGUUUCCUUCUUACCCCAAAACUUUAUCAAAUUUUAUCUUUACCCUUUCGUAGCCCUUAAGUUUAGGAAAUGCAAUUUUUAACCACUUAACUUUUUAUGAACUUUGUAAAUGCCACUUUGACCCCUCUAGAGUUUUUGGCUUGACAAUAUAAAUUCGAGUUAGUCGGAUCGCGUAUAAUACGUUAUGAUUGUACGAUAUAAAUUCGAUUUACGUUACGCUUUAAUCCAAUCGCAAUGCAACUAUAGGAUACAUUGACUUCAAUCGAAUACGUCAAAACGUGCGUUUUCAUAUGGUUAACACAUCACAUAACACUUGGACUAAUCCGUUCGAUAUUUGCGAAGUACCCACGCCGCAACGCGCGCGGGUCUUAUUACCAGUUAUACUUAAAAGGUCAACCAGACUACCAAACCCAACAUCUUUGACUUGUAUUAAAAUUAUAAUGGCUUGACUUGAAGUAUAUCGUCAAUAGCGGUCGCUAUGGUAGCUAUAUCGAAUUGCAUAGCGUAUAUGUCAAAUAUCACUAUAGGGUAUGUAGCCAUAGAUAGCAGGAUGUCAGUUAUUUUAUAGCCAGAUUUUUGGUUUUUGUUAAAUAUACAUAUAAAAUAACGUAUGUAUCAUAGUAUUUUGAUAUACUAUACAUAUAAAAAACCUUAUUUUUUCUAAUGUAUCACUAUUUAUAAUAUAGCGCCCACUAUUUAUUGCUAUUCACUAUGUAAGAUAUAGGUACCUUAUCGCUAUUCGCUAUUAACAACUAUGACUUGAAGGGGUUUUGAUCCGUUGCUCAGCUUGCCUGACCCACCCAUUUCCCACGUCUAUCUAAUGGGUCAUUUUGACCCGGUUUUAGACUAUAUUAUAUGUGGUGUAGGUGGAAAACUUCAUCCUUAGUCACUCUUUUUGAAUCAGUCUAUUUAGUAAACAGGGGGGGGGGGGGUUAUGCGUGCAAGACUGUUGACUUGAAACAUUCAUUGAUCUUGACCAAGACAAUUGACUAUGACCAAUUUAAGGGGGGAUGAGUUCUAUAUGAAUCAAAAAAAGUAUGUUGGUUUAUCUGAUUAAGAAAACUAAAAGCAAUGUCUAAUCUUCCUCAUGAUAUCUUAAUCGACAUUCUUUCAAGAUUACCUUCAAAGUCUUUAGGCCAGUUCAAAUCAGUAUCCAAGUAUUGGUACUCUUUAAUAUCAUCUCUGCGUUUUAUCAAACUACAUCAUUGUUGCGCCCUCUUGGAUACCAACACAAAUCAUUCGCGAGUGUUUAUCAUGUCAACUCAUUCGUUGCACUCGGUCAACUAUGAAUCACCAUCAUGUUAUGAAGGCAUUGAUGAUGACAAUAAUUUAAACGCGAUUAUUAGUUUAAAUGAUCCUUUAGAAAAAGAAUCAGUUGGUGAAAAGGCAUUAGGUUCUUGCUAUGGUUUGGUUUUCUUUGUAUGUUAUAAUGAUGUUAUCCUCUUGUGGAACCCAACUACUCAAAAGACUCGUUUAAUACCGGACCCAAUAACACCAUUCUCCAACGCCAUUCGCUUUUAUGGGCUUGGGUAUGAUCAUUCCAUCGACGAUUACAAGAUGGUUAGAGCGUCGCGCUCCAUUUCUAGCGAUACUAUCACUUCUCAUGUUUUCAGUCUUAAAACCGGAUCGUGGAGAACGAUCCAAACCGCCCACAUGAACAUCAACGAUCCUGAUGAAAUUGGGUCGUUUUCCAACGGCGCAAUUCAUUGGAUAGUAAGGCAUAAUGGUGGUUUGAACAAUAGUGAAACUAUUCUUUCGUUCAACGUAAAGGACGAGCGUUUUCUUGAAAUUCGCUUACCAAAUAGUGGUGAAUCCGAAAAUGAGAAAAGUGGAUUUUGGAGUGUGGGAGAUUUGAAAGAAUAUGGUGUUGAAAGGUCAUGGAGUAAGGUGAUUAAACUAGAUUGGGUUAGAUUUUCAUGUGAUUAUGGAAUGAUGCCGGUGUGUUUUACACAUAGAGAUGAUGUUGUGAUUGAUUUGGAUUCAUGGGACCUGGUGAGAUUCAAUGUAAAAGAAAAUAGUUAUAAAAGAUUCAAGAAAUGUAGUACGGAUUGGCAUUUUUGGGUGGUGUAUACCGAGACUUUGGUAUCACCUUAUGGUUAGCGACUAUGGCUUCAUGCAGUUGUGGACUCACGAUUUAUUUUCUGGGAGGCAUACGUAGAGCUUAAUCAAACAUUUAAGAAGAGCGAUCAGAAAAUUUUACCUAUAAAAUAUACUAUUUUUUUAUGAAUGGCGGCCGCACUCUCAACGUACGUCUGCCAAUGGUUUCAUGAAUAUCCAUUUGAUAGUACUAGAUCUUCAUGGAUGUUAUUAGAAGAGUUUGGUUACCUUCACACUUCGACCGACUAAAUUUUUAUUAUAAAU